CUUUUCUAGUCUAGUGUCACCUAACUUAGGGCUUGUACACUAUCUAGGUAGCUCCUUCUUUGAUACUCUUUGGUUAAAUUAGAAGCUUUCUCGUAAGGCUGACUGCACUGCAUCACGCGUUAUCUCAACCCCCGCUCUCUCUCCCCUCUUCUACCCCACAUCUUUUCAUCCGUCGUUCGCUCCUCCGUCCAUUUCGUCAAAUAUAUCUUCCGCAAUGGACGAUGGUCCUGAGACUCCCUAUGAGAUCUCUGCGGAGCCUGGCGUGGACUCGCCAGGUUUUGGACUGGGAGACCCACCGCCACCCCCAACCCGAGUCGACUCUGCUGCGUCUUAUGAGAGCCUUGAUCGGCAUCGGCGACGAAACCCCCGAACAAGGCGCCCGGUGAAGGAAACGCUGGACGCUCGCUCCCAAUAUACGACAAGUCAAGAUGACGGUACAGCUGAACACCAUAUCAAUCAAUACAUCAUCAAGCAAGAGAUUGGACGAGGAUCCUUUGGCGCGGUCCAUCUGGCAGCUGACCAGUAUGGGAAUGAAUAUGCAGUGAAAGAGUUCUCCAAAUCCCGACUGAGGAAGCGCGCACAAUCGCAUAUGCUGCGACGCCCACGAGGGCCACGACGACAGGGCACCGGUCUGAAUCUUCCCAAUUCGCCAUUGCACCGUAAUCCCUCUGGAGAUGACAACGAGAAUGCGAAAAAUCCACUUUAUCUGAUCAAGGAGGAGAUCGCAAUCAUGAAGAAGCUGAAUCACAACAACUUGGUAUCGCUGAUUGAAGUGCUGGACGAUCCGACCGAAGACUCUCUCUAUAUGGUCAUGGAAAUGUGUAAGAAGGGUGUUGUGAUGAAGGUCGGACUGGAGGAGCGGUGUGACCCUUAUGAUGACGACCUCUGUCGAUGCUGGUUCCGCGAUUUGAUUUUGGGAAUUGAAUAUUUACACGCGCAGGGCAUUGUGCACCGCGACAUCAAGCCGGACAAUUGCCUUGUCACCAGUGACGAUGUGCUCAAGGUCGUCGAUUUCGGUGUAUCGGAAAUGUUUGCGAAGGACUCGGACAUGUACACGGCUAAGUCUGCUGGCUCCCCUGCGUUUCUGCCACCUGAGUUAUGCGUUGUGAAGCACGGUGAUGUCUCGGGAAAGGCAACGGAUAUCUGGUCUAUGGGCGUGACUCUUUAUUGUUUGAGAUACGGAAAGUUGCCAUUCGAGAAAGCAAGCAUCUUUGAAUUGUAUGAGAGCAUCAGAAGCGACCCGGUGAUAUGCGAAGAUGAGCCGGAUGAGCGUUUCAUAGAUUUGAUGAGCCGUCUGCUGGAGAAGGACCCGGCGAAGCGAAUUGACAUGCAUGAUUUGAGAGAACACCCCUGGGUGACAAUGAAUGGAGUCGAUCCUCUUUUGUCCGAAGAAGAGAAUACGGCCCAUAAUGUUGAACCGCCAACCGAGGAAGAAUUGAAUGCCGCCAUCACUAAAAGUAUAGGACACGUGAUGACUCUGAUGAAAGCUGUCAAGAAUUUCAAGCGUCUGGUUGAUCCAAACAAAACAGCCCCUGCUAUGCAAAGUAUUCUCGGUGCAGAUCAUGAAGCGCAUUUUGUUGAGCCACCCAUGGAAAUGGAUCCAGACGACGAGUUUCCGGUCGUGGGACUGGAUGAAAGUGUUGGAACUGGCCACGGGUCAGGAGGUGGUCUUCGGAAGGUUUUAGGGCGACACCCUGUGCUCGCUAGACAAGAUCGUCGAGACAACUCAUGGACAAGUGACUCGGCGAGCUCGUCUCGACUAGGCCAAAGCCCUGUUGGGAGCAAACGACCCAGUGGGGUCUUUGAGCCGGAGCGGAAAGACUCUGGGUCAAUACGCACUGGUAGAUCUCCGGCUAGCUUCGGGCAUGAGGCAAGACAAUCCCAGUCGGGAUCCCCAAUGCCACUGUCCCGAGCCAGCUCAGCUACUACCAAACGGAGUGUUGAAGGCACUCGGGGUCAUGCGCGGGAUCCCCUAGAAGAAGAAUUCCCAUAUCUUCACAUUGGGCCAUCCACAUACACGGGUUCGUCACAGGAACCCACUGAUCUCAAUAUCGGAAGUGAUCCAGCACCUCUUGUUGCUGAGCCAGAUAGCAUGGAGAACGAUCUGGAUCCAGACUCUGUCGGUCCCGUGCAUUUUGUUAGCGAAUCGCCAGGAGCAGCUGAAUUCGACAUCUACGACACGGCUUAUCGACAGGAACUUGAGCGAAUCAAUGCCAACUCAAGUCAGACUAUUCCCGGUGAUGGUCCCAGGGUAUACCUGACACGACGCAUCGAGAACAAACAUGAGGUGAUGAAUUUUGCCAAGGAAAAAGCGAUUGACUUGCAGACUGGCACAAAAAAGUUCGUCUCUUCACCACCAGUAGCCAAGGGCCCGUCCUCGACGUUCAGUGCAGCAGUGAGCUUGCUUCGAAACCAAAUAGAACAGCAGAAAGAUGCGGAUAGCAAGGGGACUCCACAGCAACAGGAGCAAGAACAGCCGACGGAGCCUCCGACUGAACGACGAGGAUCCAAUCCACCUUCAUCGAUCCGGCCGCAAUCCCUCCCAGACCCGGAAGCGUCGUCUUUUGAGGCGACGGGAGUGCCUAUUCCAGAACCUCCCACUAGCGAGGACUCCAGGGCUCAGUUGCGACGACUUCUUGCUCGGGGUCGUGACAAAGUUGGGGAAUAG